AUGAAAACGACUCCGGACCAAUACAGAUUAUAUUUGGAAAUGUUAGAAUCCAAUGUCCACUUCCGGGAAAACAAAAUAGCCCCAGAUAAUCCAACUGGGCUAACAGACAGUUGGGAAAAGUUAGGAAAAAGCUUGAAUGGAAGUGGUGGACCUCAGAGAAAUAUCGCAGAAUGGAAAAGAGUAUUUACUGAUUGGAAAAGCCAAGUGCGUAAAAGAGCUCGCCUCAUCAGGAAUUUCAUGAAGGAAACUGGCAAUGUGAGAGAUCCAGAAAAAGAUUUAACAGAAAUAGAAAAAAAUUGUUGUUUCUAACUGGAGAUAUAGCAGUGGGGGGUAUAAAGGGUAUUCCGGAAAUUGGAAUAAAUAAUAUGGAAAAUAUAGAUAAUGCAGUAGAGAAAGCUAAAGCUGUAGAGAAAGAAAAACAAGAAGAAAGAGCAAGAAAGAAAAUUACAACAAGAGCUAAUACCAAUGUAUUAAAUUCAAUAAAUAUGAAUUUGGAAAAGUUAGUAAAACUGAAAGAGAAAGAACUUCGGUUAGAACGUUUAAAACUUCGUUUAAAAUAUAACAUUGAGCUGGCCUCUGAAAAUGAGGGAUCUGAGGAAGACUGA